GACAAAAAUCACGUGAUCAUCUGGGCUGCCAUUUUGUUUCGUAUUGCUGUCGUGUCUAAAAUUACAGUAUUUUUUUCUCAAUUAUUAUUUAAAAACGCAUUGAUUGCAGUUAAAUUCAUCGCUCUGAUAUUAUACUCACUUCUCGUGCUCUGAUUAUCAAUCCUCUUGUUACUUCGUUGAGACACCUAGUUAAAUUAGGUUUUAUUUACAUUCAUCUGUAAUCAGCUCUCUUGAAUAAACUAUUACAAUGGCUGAAACUGCUUUGACUUUUGGUCCUGACUGAAUCUACAUCUUACAUGAGCCAAUGGGUAUCAGCAGAGACAUGAUCAAGUUUAAGAGGCAUUCACCGUGAAAGCAAACAAAAACCUGAUUGGUGAGUUUUGCAGGAUCCGUGCUUAUUCUGCUGGGGCAGCUGCAUCUAGUGCAGCUAAUCCGCCUACGGUGAUGAACAUACCAAAGUAUAGUUUAGCAGAAUAUCGCUAUGGGCGUGAGGAAAUGUUGGCCUUAAUACCUAAAGAUGCAAAAGUACCCACCUGUAUGAAAGAUUUUCCUCAUUUAGUUCGUGAGCAGUUUCAAAUGCCUUUGGCUUUGAUACCUAUGACUGAAGAUGAGCAGCGUCUUUGGACUCGAGUUAAUAGUGAUGCAGCUUUAAGAGCUUCUGGGAACCCAAGAGGUGGUAUGGGUAGAAUUGGGCGUGGUGGAUCUGUAGACAGAGGAAGAGGACGUGGUCGUGGCGGUUAUUAUCAGAGGGGGCUAAUACAUGACGAUGAUGAUGGUUUACAUGGUUUUUCACGUCCAAAACAAGUAGAGAGAAGUUUAAGUGCGAAUGAAAGAGAUAUGCGAUGGGAUGACAGAGAUCGACGAUACGAUCGACCUUAUUCAGGUCGGGGUAGCGGUGGUGAUGAUGGCUUUUUAAAACAAGAUAAUCCACGUGCACCUCACGAUUAUUGGAGGAAGUUUGAUAAGGAUGAUGAAGGAGAUUGGAGAUCUUCUGGAUCCCGAUCAUCUGACAGAAUUGGUGGCAGGGGCUCUUGGCGAAACAACUCAGAAAGAGACCGACAAGGUGCCUCAGACAGAAAUCUUCAUAAUCGUAACAUUAAUCCUAAUAGCAGGAGUGGUCCGAGUCCUCACAAAAAUCAUUCUUGGAAAGAACCUUCUGGUAAUAAUUUACCUGAAUGGAGUGUUGAAGAAACGAAUGAAACUGAUACUGUGGGAACUUUUGAUUCUAGUGGAGCCUUUUUGGAAACAAAAACUUCUGAAGAUGCAAGUGUGGAUGAAAUAUAUCUCUCAGACUCAGCUGAUGAAGGGUCUUCUAAAGAAAACCCAGAAGCAGACAAAAAAAAUCUUAAGAAAUUGCCAAAAUCUACGCCAAAUAUUUCAAGUAAUAAAACCUCUUCAAACAAGAAGAAAAUAGACAGCACCUCAAGAGAAAAUAAAACAGAAGUAAAACAAGCUCAAAAUAGUCCUGAACUUUCAAAAAAUAAUUCUAAAAACUCUAAAACGGGGGUCACGAAGUCUGCUAGUGAAGUGAUAAGAACUAAAUCAGAUGCUCAACUACAGCAACUUCGUUCUCAACCAGAAUCUGAAUUCAUUCCAGAUCCAAACACUAAUGUGCCUGUUGUAAAUUCAAAAUGUAAUAAAGUGGAGGAGUCGGUUGUGUUAAGUACUUUAAGAACUUCUGAUAAUGCCACUCCGACAAGUGGUACUGCAGAAGAAGAUGCAUUUGCCCACCAUAAAAAAGCAACUGAAAAUAUGGUUGCUCAAUGGACAGAAGAAGAGGAACAGCAGGCUAUUUCUCAUACUGUAGACAUUCAUGCACCUCACGAAAAAGAAACUAAAUGGUUUUAUCAAGAUCCACAAGGUGAUAUACAAGGCCCAUUUAAAUCGCCAGAAAUGCUGGAAUGGUUUACCGCUGGUUAUUUUACAGAAGAUUUAAUGGUCCGAAGAAAUUAUGAUGAAACGUUUCAUAAACUAGGUGAUCUUAUUAAAGUUUGGGAUAGAGUACCUUUCCUACCUGGUAAUCUACCUCCACCCAUAAGGGUCACUCCCCUUUCUUCAUCAAUUCCAACACCAAUUACUCAAACCAAUGUGCCUAACCCAGCUACUACAUCUACACCUUCUCAGUUGCCAAAACAAGAUGACUUACUGGCUCUGCAAAGACAACUGUACCAGCAGCAGCUUAUGCAACAACAGUUAAUUAUGAGGCAACAAGCUCAAAUGCAGGCACUCCUUUCCCAGCUAAAACAACAAGACAACUUUUCUAGUCUACCUUCUCAACAGCAACAACAAGUACUUUUGCAACAAUUUAUGUCACAACAGCAAAUGGCAAGGCCAAAUGUCAAUCCCUUGGCUGAUCAGCCACCCAUGUUAGAUCCUUUAUCAACACUCCCUCUUCCAAUGCUUGGUAUGUCUAUGCCACCCAUGAUGAGCGACAUGAACCUGUGGAAUACAGCUGGUUCUGGAGCCUGGCCAAUGAAUAUGAGUAAUCCUCAACCAACAGGUGCUAGCAUUUGGGAUAUGGAUCUUUUAAAAUCUAAGUCUGAAGAUUCUGAAUCUGGAAAGAAGAUGACUGAAGAACAAGAAAAAUUGAAAAAAGCUGAAGAGCUUAGACUGGAACAAGAGCUUGAAGAAAAAAGACGCCAAGAAGAAAUCAAACGUAAACAAGAGGAAGCAAAACUUCUCCAGGAGCUGCAAAAGCAGGAAGAAGAAAAAAGAAGAUUAGAAGAAUUAAAGCGUCAUCAAGAAGAAGAACGGAGGAGACAGGAAGAGCUUAGAAUACUUGAAGAGAAAAAACGGCAAGAAGAACUUAAAAGACUCGAAGAAUUGAAGAGACAAGAAGAAUUAAGAAAACAGGAAGAGCUCCGAAAGCAAGAAGAGUUGCGAAGACUAGAAGAAUUGAGAAAGCAAGAAGAACUAAGAAAGCAAGAGGAGCUCCGAAAACAAGAACAGAGAAGGUUAGAAGAAUUGCGAAAACAAGAAGAACAGAGACAAAUGGAAGAGCUUCGAAAGAAAGAAGAGCAACACAGGCAAGAACAAGAAAAGAAACUAGAGGAAAAGCGAAAAAGGGAAGAAGCGUUGAAAGAAGAAAAGAGAAAACUAAUUGAGAAAGAACAAGAGAAAAUCUUAGAGAUAGAACGUCAAAAAGAAGCUUUACGAAUAAAAGAAAUUGAAAGAGAAGAAAGGUAUCUUGCUGAGAAGAGAGAAAGAGAAGAACUUGAAUUAAUGAAGUUAGCUGAACUCAAGCUUGGAUCACAAGGUCCAGUGUGGGGAAUUCAAAACUCACAGUCUUCAAAUGAGCUAUCUCUUGCAGACAUACAAAGACUUCAAGAAGAAAAGGAAAGAGAAGAAAGACAAGAGAAACUCCGACAACAAUCAUUACAACAACAGACUGUAAAGACAGUUCAACAGAAUAAAAGUAGCCUUAGUUGGGCUAAAAGAGCUACUGAUACUCAGCCAGCUGUUAAGUCUCUCUUUGAAAUUCAACAGGAAGAAGCUGAAAGGUUAGCUCAAAUUCAACGCACAUCAAAGCCACAGCCGCCACCCCAGACUUUAAGCUCCAACGCAGGAGUUUGGGGUAAUACUAGUCACUUAAACAAAAUCACGGCUGCGCCUCAAACAUGGAACACGAGUAAUGUGUCUUCAACGACUGGUUUCUGGGAUGAUGUAAUUAGCAACAAUUCGCACUCUAGAAAGCAGCCUCAAAAGACCAGUGAAACCAGUGCCUUUCCUGCUUUAGCAAAUCGUGGGCAACCUGCCACUGUAAAUAAUAAAAGUAAAAAUGUCCGAGCCAAAAAAGAAGAGGAUGCUGUGACAAGAUUAUUUGGAUCUCACCACAAGCCCACCGAUGAGUUUACCAAGUGGUGCACAGAUGCUCUUUCGUCUAUGCCCUCUUCUGUUGAUGUUCCCACUUUUGUUGCAUUUUUGAAAGAUAUAGAAUCUCCAUAUGAGGUUUAUGAUUAUGUAAAAUCUUAUCUUGGAGAAGGCAAGGAACCAAGAGAAUUUGCCAAACAGUUUAUUGAAAAGCGAAGUAAAUAUCGUAACCAAACAAAGCAAGCUCCAACUGAGGAAAAUACUCUUUGGGGACCAGCACCUGCCAUCACGCCCACUGUAAAUAAAACUCCUGUACAAACUUCUAACGACUGUGAUGGCAAUUCCAAUGCCAAAAGUAGAGCAAAGAAAAAGAAGAACAGGAUGCAAAAGCUGGACAGCUCAAUGCUCGGCUUCACCGUUCAAUCAAAUCCCGACCGAGUGAAUGUUGGAGAAAUCGAUCACAUUGAAGGGAAUUAAAACUCGUUUGUUUGCUCUGGUGCUGCAAGUGUUUCAUCUUCGUUAAAGCUGAAGGAGAAAAACAAUUUCGGUCGACAAAAAAAAAAAUUAUGUGAUAUAUAAAUAUAUAUUUAACAAAUUUAAAUUAACCAGCCAUCAUCUUGUGAUAUAAAAUAUCAUUGUACAGUAUUCAAUAAUAAUAAAAGGUCGCUAAAAGUGUCACUGCCAAUGGAAAACUGUUUUCCUUUAAAUCUAUUAAAUUUAUACAAUAAAAAUAAUUGUAUGGACACUUCAUAGACAGAUGACAUUAAAAGUCUAAUUGUAUGACCCUUUGAUCAAAGUGUUAACUUUGAUACAAGUUGUGUAGACAUUGUAAAUAAACUUGUAAAUGGCAGCAAAACUACUGAUUGCUUUCUGAUUGGAGAGAAUAAUCAUUAUCUAAUGAAAGUAAUCAUAAUAAUGAAAUUUUAAUCUAAUAUAAUUUUUGUACAAUAUGUAAAUUACUAUACAUAACUGAUAUGACUAAAUAAUGUCAACAGCUUCUAAAUAAAAAUGUUUCACUUGCUUUUAA